UGUAUGUCAUCACGUGCCUAGCCUGCUGAACUCAUUAUUUUCCCAUUAAAAACUGUGUACUGAUUAUAUUUUCCUUGGUACAAUAUUGUGAUGAUUGUGUCGUGAAUAUGGCGGAAAAGUUUGACCCCAAAGAGCACCAGCACACCCGCUAUAACCCCUUGAAGGAUGAAUGGGUUCUAGUGUCUCCACAUCGGAUGAAGAGACCGUGGAAGGGACAAGUGGAGAAGAAACCCACCGAAGAUACCCCUCGUCAUGACCCCAAGAACCCGCUCUGUCCACGGGCUACAAGAGCCCAUGGAGAUGUGAAUCCAGACUAUGCAAGAACCUUUGUCUUUGAGAAUGACUUCCCAGCAUUGUUACAGGCAGGUGCACCAGAGCCCAGCCCAAGUGAACAUCCUCUCUUCCAAUCAGCUCCCGCCAUUGGAUCAUGCCAGGUGAUGUGCUUUCAUCCGUGGUCUGACAUCACACUACCUCUGAUGUCACUCACAGAGAUCAAAGCUGUUGUUGAUAAAUGGGCUGAGAUGACCUCUGACCUAGGGUCAAAGUUUAAAUGGGUUCAGAUAUUUGAAAACAAAGGAGCAGUGAUGGGAUGCUCAAAUCCACAUCCACAUUGCCAGGUGUGGGGGAGCAAUUUUAUGCCCAAUGAGCCUCGAAUAAAAGAUAGAACCCAGAGGGAGUACUACAAGACUCAUGGAACACCUAUGCUUGUUGAAUAUGCCAAGAUGGAAGCUGAAAAGAAGGAACGAAUUGUUGUAGAAAAUGAUACCUGGUUAGCUGUUGUGCCUUAUUGGGCAAUGUGGCCAUUUGAAACGAUGCUGUUACCACGGCGACAUGUACUGCGGUUACCAGACCUCACAGACGAGGAGCGAAAUGGUCUAGCCGAUAUCAUUAAGCGACUGUGCAUCAAGUAUGACAACCUGUUUGAAACAUCAUUCCCUUAUUCAAUGGGAUGGCAUGGUGCACCCACAGGGGAGUCGCUCAAUGAAGACAACAGCCACUGGCAGCUCCAUGCAUUGUACUUCCCCCCUCUUUUAAGGUCAGCAACUGUGCGCAAGUUCAUGGUGGGAUAUGAGAUGAUGGCACAGGCACAGAGGGAUCUAACAGCCGAACAGGCAGCAGAGAGACUACGCAAUUUGCCAGAUGUCCACUACAAGGGGACAGUCAACGAGUAACGGAAGUUACUGUGCUCUACAAAUGCCAGAUGAUGAUUGGUGGAUUGAUUUUGAAGGAGAUAAUUUCUUUUAAUUUGAAAAGAUACACUAAAUAUUUUAUCAAAUCCUGCCAAUUUUGCAUUUCGUUUGUUCAAUGUGAUUUAUGAAGUGGUAUUAAAAUGGUACUCAUUUAUUCACAUUAUCUAAAUUAUGGCAAUGGAAUAAUAUGACAGGGUGCUCUAUUGUAAAUUUGUAAAGAUUUUUCUAUUCUGAAAUGAAGUGUGCUAUAUUUAGUGCCAAAAUAAGUGAUUUUUUUAUUGAAACUAUUUUUUUUUGAGGACUGAUGCUCAGGCAUACUUGACCUCUGGAGGAAAAAAAAAAAAGGAAACUUUAUUGAUUACAAGUACCCAGUUCUAAGCCUGGGCGACUAGUUAAAUUAACUACUCGACUAAUCGCGUUUCAAAUAGUCGCAACUUCGACACUAGUUGCAACUAAUUUUCACUUUCCAAGAUGCAUUGGGGCAUAUUGAAGGAUUGUGUUACUGAUGUCUGAUUGUGCUUCACCAGUCAGUUAAAAAAAUUUGUUCACCAAGCAGGAAGUCUCGACUUUUUUUUGUAGUUGUCUUGGUGGAACUAUUAACCGAGUAGUUGAAAAAACUGUAGUCGCAACUGCGACAAUAGUCGCACUACUCGCCCAGGUUUACCCAGAACUGAACUACUAAGAAUUUUGAGUUUUACAGACUACCACUUUUUCAGGCUAUUUAUUUGAUAACAAUGAGUCGUAAUGAAAAUCAUGAUUUUAUAAUUUAAUUUUAAAGUAUUUUUUCUACUGCAGCUUGGUGACUCUGGGCCCCUGGUUUUUGGUAUUCCAACCUCCAGACGAAGAGGUUACGUAAUAACAUAAUAAUAUUUUGUAAGCGCAACAGAGCAGUACAUUUUCGGCAUGUUCAUGCGGCUUGGGUUGAUUUAUAGCAAACUGAAACAACAAAAGUUCUCCUUAGGUCAAUUUUAGACUGAAUAUUUCACAGACAUUAUGAUUUGGUACCAAGUUUUGUAAAGGAAAGCUAUCCAAUAAAAUAAUGUAUUUUUGAACAGUUCAUCUAAUUUCCAAUCGUGUCAAAACGAACAAGGGCAGGAUUAUUUCGAAAAUUUUAAAAGGUACGUGGAGGUUGGGUUCAACUCUAAAAAUGAAUGGCAAUAAAAACUUAUGGGGUAAGAAGUACUGUACACCAGCUUCGGAUAUUACAUGUAGAAUGCAUUUCGGAGAAACAUUUCACUUAGAAGUACCACGGUCGUGGAAAAAGAUUUUUUAGCCUCCAAAAAUUUGAAUAUAUAAGAAGCGUUACCGCGGUAACACUUCUCAGACUGUGUAUUCCUUCACGGAUUAUUCUUCCUGCGUGGACAUAUUCGCUCCAAAGUUUCGACGAUAUCUUAAAAAUGCAACCACCUUUUGAAAUGUAAUUUUCACAGGUUCAUUUUAUUGUAUACAACUACAAGGAUAUAGACAAUGUGA